AUUGAUCGAUAGGUAUUGUAAAUCAAAAAGUAUCAAUGCGAUUUAAAGUUGAACUAGUAAAGAGUUUUCAUUAUCCUCCUUCUAAAUGUUUCAAUAUCUGCAAAGUCGGCGUGUAAAUAUUCAACUUUUGCAAGAGUAUGCCUGGAGAGAAAUUGCUGAUCUCUUAGAACAGACUGCAGGCACGAAAGUAGUGGUUUUAGAUGAGGAAAUUCUAGGUCCCAUUGGCCUAGUAGCUCCUCCUUCCCUUUUUUCCGAGCGAAAUGUUAUCUUACUUAAACUACAAGCGGAUUCAAAACUACCUCACGACGUAUUGAAUGUGAUAUACAUUGUUCGGACUCAGACCAAGUUAAUGGAUAUAAUUGCUGAGCAAGUGAAGAAAAAUUCUGUCAAAAAAUGUCAAUAUCAAAUAUAUUUUGUGCCUCGUCGCUCCUGCUUGUGUAUUAAACAGUUAGAAAAUUUAAAGGUCUAUGAUAGUAUCAGCCAAAUCAAAGAGUUAAACUGGAAUUUCUUUCCAAUUGAUAAGGACAUUGUUUCAAUGGAAAUACCUAUUUCUUUUCGAGAUGUGGCUGUGAAUGGUGAUCCGACGAUGUUAUAUCAAGCUGCGGUGGGACUAGUGCAACUACAACGAUUAUAUGGACGCAUUCCAAAAAUAUAUGGAAAAGGCAACAAUGCGCAAAGAGUUUGGGAACAUGCAAAGCAAUUAGGUACAGAGGAAAAAGUUUUGAAUAGUGAUAAAGGUUUAAUAGAUCAAGUUAUUUUACUUGAUCGCUCAAUAGACAUAAUAAGUGCUGUUGCAACCCAGCUCACAUAUGAGGGUUUAAUAGACGAAAUUUUUGGAAUCAAAAACAAUCAACUUAUAUUACCAGCAGAACUUUUCACUAACAACACAGAAGAUCAAAUCUCAGCUCAAUCCCAACUUGUAGCUGGCAAAAAGACUUUAUUCUUGAACUCUGGAGAUCAACUUUACUCUGAUCUGAGAAAUAAAAAUUUUAAUGAAGUAGGUAAAGUUUUAGCCAAGAAUGCUCGUGAUAUUAGCGCCCAAAUGAAUACAAGUGGACAAGAUUCGUCAGUACAAGAUAUGAAACGGUUUGUCGAUAAAUUGCCGGCGUUGUUAGCACAAAAACAAUCUGUCGCAGUUCAUACUACAAUUGCGGAAAUAAUCCGUAAACAUAUAGAUCAGUAUGAAUUUUCCGAUGAUCUAGCAGCUGAACAAGAGUUUAUGAUGUGUGAAGACACAGACAAAGCCAGUCCGUAUAUUGAGGAUUUAAUUUCGAAAAAAGGUGAUCUUCAGAAAAUUCUACGACUUCUUACUAUGCAAUGUGCUGCCGCUUCAGGAUUCAAAGAAAAGAUUUUAAACUACUAUAAACGUGAGCUGGUGCAAGUAUUUGGUUUAAAUGUAUUACUAAAAAUUAGUAAUUUGGAGAAGGCAAACCUUUUGUAUACUCAAUCAGAAUCACGAUCUUAUGCGGUGCUACGCAAGACACUCAAUUUGACAGUGGAUGAUGUCGUCGAGGUGGAGCCAAAAGAUAUUAGUUACGUUCAUAGUUUUUACGCACCGCUUACAGCUCGUAUUGUCGAACAAACACUCAAACCUUUGGGAUGGCAAGCAUUGAAGAGUCAAAUUAUUAAUUUACCAGGUCCUACUUUUGAAGAUUUUCAAGCACCUUUGAUUGGUGUUGGUGGACGCCACAAUAUAUCUACGCCGAUGGACGGUUCCGCUUUUAACAUUCCUCGUGUAAUUUUAGUUUUCUUUAUAGGAGGCUGCACUUUUGCAGAAAUAGCAGCCCUAAGAUUUUUAUCGCAACAAGAAGAUAAUAAUGUUGAAUUUAUUAUAGCCACAACCAAAAUUAUUAAUAAAAACACAUUCAUAGAUAGUUUAUUAUCUUAAUCAACA